AUGGCUAUAAAGAAAAGGGCUAACAAGAUCUCGAAGCAGAAGAAGGAGGAAAAUGCUAAGAACGAUGUUAUAGAGGUUUCAGAGGUGGAGACGGAUGUUCUUGAAACAAGUACUGAUGAUGAUCAAAGCAAACACGUAAAGAAACAUAAAACAUCUAAGAAAAAGGUCAAAGAAUCCAAAAGGAUAGUGUUCUUACUUGGUGCAUUUGUUGGUAUUUUAAUUGCGCUUUAUUUCGGUGCUAAACAGAACGGAAACACAGAUUUUGAUAAAUUGGUGAAUUUUGAAAGUCUACAAGAUUAUUUAGAUGAUUGGAAAGAAGUAUUACCAAGUGGUUUACAAAAUGUUUUGAGUGAAUUCAAUGAAAAAUCACCAGGCGAAGGUAAAGAUUUCAGUGAAGAUUUUGCUGUAGGCAAGGCUAUGAAACUUGAAAAUGGACUAGAAGCCAAAUACCCAGUUGUUAUGAUACCAGGUGUCAUUUCUACUGGUAUUGAAUCAUGGGGUCUUGAAGGUACUAAGGAAUGCCCAUCACAACAUCAUUUUAGAAAAAGGUUAUGGGGAUCUAUGUAUAUGUUGAGAACCAUGUUUUUAGACAAGGCUUGCUGGCUUAAACAUAUUAUGCUUGAUGAAGAAACUGGAUUGGAUCCACCAGGUAUCAAGUUAAGAGCUGCCCAGGGUUUUGAAUCUGCAGAUUUCUUCAUGGCUGGAUAUUGGAUUUGGAACAAAAUUUUACAAAAUUUAGCUGCUAUUGGCUAUGAACCAAAUAAGAUGGUAACAGCUUCUUAUGAUUGGAGAUUGUCAUACUUGGAUUUAGAAAGAAGGGACCAGUAUUUUUCAAGAUUACAACAACAAUGUGAAUUAAGACUUGCUACAACUGGCGAAAAAUCUGUUUUGGUUGGUCAUUCUAUGGGAUCUCAGAUUGCAUUUUAUUUCAUGAAAUGGGUUGAAGCUGAAGGAAAUCACUUUGGUAAUGGUGGCAGAGAUUGGGUUAAUAAGCAUAUAGCUGCGUUCAUUGAUAUUUCUGGAUCUGUACUAGGUGCACCAAAGGCAAUCCCAGCUUUGAUAUCCGGUGAAAUGAAAGAUACUGUUCAAUUGAACACAUUAGCUGUUUAUGGAUUAGAAAAAUUCUUUUCCAGAAGAGAAAGGUUGGAUAUGUUAAGAACUUUUGGAGGUGUUGCUAGUAUGCUUCCAAAAGGUGGUGAUUUGAUAUGGGGUAACUUGGAAGGCUCAAUUGAAGACAGUCAACAAAAUAAUAGCGAUACUUUUGGUAAUUUCAUCAGAUUUGAAAAAGAGGUUGGUACCUUUUCAUCCAAAAAUUUAACAAUGGCCGAUAGUAUUGAUUUUGUUUUAGAUAAUUCACCAGAGUGGUUCAAUAGAAGAACUAGAGAACAUUAUUCAUAUGGUGUUGCUUCAACACCGCAAGAAUUGAAAGAAAAUGAAAAAAUGUUCAAUAAAUGGUCAAACCCACUCGAAGUUCCUUUACCAAAUGCUCCAGAUUUGAAAGUCUAUUGCUUUUACGGUGUUGGUAAUCCUACUGAAAGAGCCUAUGCCUUCCAAGAAGAAGAAAAUAAAGAUUUAUCUAAAUUGAACGUUUCUAUUGUUUUGAAUGGGGAGAAACCAAGCGUCUUCUUUACUGAUGGUGAUGGUACUAUCCCGGUUUUAACUCAUGCUAUGUGUCAUAAGUGGAAAACUUCACCAAAUUACAACCCUGGUAAUUCACAAGUCAAGAUUGUUGAAAUGAAACAUGAUCCUGAUAGAUUUGAUAUUAGAGGAGGUGCUAAAACAGCAGAACAUGUUGAUAUACUAGGUAGUGCAGAAUUGAAUGAAUUAGUUUUGAAGGUUGCAAGUGGCCGUGAUGACUUAAUUACAGAAAGAGUUAUCACAAAUAUGACUGAAUGGGUUGCUAAUAUGGAUUUUGGAUUUGAAUAA